UUCUUUAGGAACUACUAUCCCUUUAACUGCGCGACUCACGCGAGUCCCUUCCAGCCCGCGUGCUAUAGGUAAAGCUGGUGGUUUGGUUUCGUACAACGCCGUUAGCGUCCUUUUCCGACAUGUCAGAAGAAUUAGAGAACAUCCUGUUUCAACUGACACAGCCUGAUAAUGCCGCUAUUCAGAAGGCCACAGCUCAGCUGAAACAGGCUUUUAAAGACCCGGCUAUCAUUCCAGCAUUAUGUGCAGUUAUGACUGGAUCCCAAAAUCCACAGAUCCGGCAGUCUGCUGCAGUGAUGUUGAGAAUGAGAGCAAAGAAACACUGGAAGAAAAUCAGUCCAGACCACAGAGAGAGCUUAAAGGCAGUGGUGCUGCAAGCAUUCCACCAAGAAACCGAGCAUGUAGUCCGUCACUCUCUCUCUCAACUGAGUGCAGUGAUGGUGAAACAUGAAACACCUGACCGGUGGCCUGCCCUACUCACACUGCUAAAUGAGUCCACCAAAAGCAACAAUCCUCAGGACAGACAGGUGGGUCUGCUGCUGCUAAGCAAAGUAGUGGACUCCAAUCCUGAGGCCUUCAAGCCUCACUACAAACAACUGCUCCAGCUGUUUGGCAGCGUGCUUCAGGAUGUGACUAACCCCACUGCUUCGUACUACUGUAUCCUUACACUCACUGCCAUUACAGCUUACACAGGCACAGAGGAGAUGAAUCUGAUGCGCUCGUUGAUUCCCAGACUGAUAAUUGCUCUGAAACAGCUAAUCCAGGCUGACCAGAAUCAGGCUGGUGAGGCAAUGGAGGUGUUUGAUGAGCUGUUGGAGAGCGAAGUUUCCAUUGUGGUCCCACACAUUGCAGAGGUUGUUCGCUUCUGUUUGGAGGUUAGCUCAGAUGUUUCACUCUCUGAUUCUCUGCGUGUCAAGGCUCUGUCUUGUAUUGCCCUCCUCAUUAGACUCAAGAGCAAGGCCAUGCUGAAGCAGAACCUGUUGGCUCCGAUCCUGCAGGUGGUGUUUCCUAUUGUGAGUGCAACGCCACCCCCUGGAGAGGAGGACCCAGAAGAUGAGGAGAACAGCGAUGGCAAUAAUGACAGUGAGAGCCCCAAACACUUUGCUACUCAGGUGAUUGAUACAAUGGCUCUUCAUAUGCCACCAGAGAAACUUUUCAAACAACUGAUGCCUCUAACUCAGGCUUGCUUGGCCAGUGAAAACCCAUAUCAGAGAAAAGGAGGACUCUUGUGCUUAGCAGUGUUGGCAGAGGGCUGUGCAGACCACAUUCGUACCAAGAUGCUGUCAUCUGUGCUGCAGACUGUGUGUCGCAGUUUAUCUGACAGUAACCAGGUGGUACGCAGUGCAGGCCUUUUUGCUCUGGGUCAGUUCUCUGAGCACUUGCAGCCUGAAGUCAGUAAGUACCACACAGAGCUGAUGCCACUGUUACUAGGAUACAUGUCCUCUCUGAAUGAGGCCAAAAUUGGCCAUGUCACCAAGGCUUUCUAUGCCCUCGAGAACUUUCUAGAAAACCUGGAUGAUGAUAUAGAGUUCUAUCUUCCCACUCUUAUGGAGACCAUGCUGUCAGCCCUUAACAACACAGACAACCUCAAACUAAAGGAACUUGCUGUCAGUGCUAUAGGAGCUAUAGCUAAUGCUGCCAAAGAGAUGCUAGUGCCCUAUUUCCCCCCUAUAAUAGAGAGUUUGAAGGGUUUCUUGACAGACAUACGGGAGGAAAUGAGGCCAUUGCAGACCCAGGCCUUAGACACUCUGUCUGUAUUGGCCCGAACCAUUGGUAAGGAUGUGUUCAGUCCAUUGGCUGCAGAGUGUGUGCAGCUGGGUCUGAAGCUCACUGAUGCUGUGGAUGAUCCUGACCUGCGGCGGUGCACGUAUAGCUUGUUCUCAGCUGUCUCAACAGUCAGCCCGGAGAGUCUUAGUCCUCAUCUUACUGCCAUCACCACACUGAUGCUAAUGUCACUAAAAUCCACAGAAGGUGUUACGGCUCAUGUUGAGGAGGACAAGCAGUUUGUUCUUCUGGAUGAUGAGGAUAAUAAUGACGAAGAGGAAGAUAGUGUGUUGGAGGAAGAUGGAGAGAAUGAAGUGGAGGAUGUUGCUGGGUUCAGCGUGGAAAAUGCAUAUAUUGACGAGAAAGAAGAUGCUUGUGAUGCCCUGGGAGAAAUUGCCUUCAGCACUGGUGUUGCUUUCCAGCCAUUCCUAGAGUCAAGCUUCGAGCAGGUCUACGAGCUGCGUGAUUUCCCACAUGAAGAUGUGAGGAAAGCUGCGUUUGGUGCCAUGGGCCAGUUCUGCCGUGCUCAGCACAAAGUCUGGCAGGAAAAUCCUACUGAAGCCAACCACCAGGUGCUGCAUAAGCUGCUUGAGGUGGUGCUGCCUUGCUUCCUGGAGGUGGUGAAGCAGGAGCACGAGCGGCAGGUGGUCAUGGGAGUGCUAGAGGCUAUGAAUGCUGUCAUCAAGUCGUGUCAAGGGGAGGCGUUACAGACCCCAGGCAGAUUGGCGGAAAUCAGCCACGCCAUCAGAGAUGUGCUGAAAAAGAAGACUGUUUGUCAGGAUGGAGGAGGGGAUGAGGCAGAUGAUGAUGAACAACAGGCAGAGUAUGAUGCCAUGCUGCAGGAGUUUGCUGGGGAGGGAAUUCCUAUCCUAGCUUCAGCUGUUCCUGCAGAGACCUUCUAUACUCACCUCAAUGACCUACUUCCUCUCGUUAUGAACAAAGCUAAGCCUUCCUGUACUGUGGCAGACCGCUCCUUCUCUGUUGGCACACUUGCUGAGACCCUGCACUCCCUAGUAAGUGUGGCUGGAGGCAGGGCAGUUGCAGGACGCCUGUCCAAUCGCCUGCUGCCUGUACUUGUGGCUGGGGUUAAAGACAGCGAUGCAGAGGUGCGCAAUAACAGUGUGUACGGCCUGGGAGUCCUUGCUCAGGCUGCUGGACCCAUCGUCUCCACUGAUUAUCCCAUGAUGCUAUCUCUGUUUUCCAACCUACUAUCCAAAGAGUCAGACAGAAGAGUGAUCGACAAUCUGUGUGCAGCUUUGUGUAGGAUGAUCAUGAGCCAUACAGCGGGAGUUCCACUCGAACAGGUGCUUCCUGCUCUUCUAGAUCGUCUUCCAUUGCAGGAAGACAUGGAGGAGAAUAAGACAAUCUACAGCUGCCUGGCUUUUCUCUACUCCCACAACCCAAACCUGAUUAUUACCCAUAUGAAGCCAAUACUGUCUGCUGUAACUCAUGUCCUGGGAACUAAGGAUAUUGAUGCAGACACCCAAAACACCCUGGUCGUGUUACUCAGAGACAUCAGCCAACGAUACCCCCAGGAAUUUGAGAGUGCUGUGAUGUCACUUCCUGUUGAGCGGAGAACCAAGAUGUCUGCAGCUGUUCCUCAGUCAUAGCCGCUCACUGAAGUGAAGGCCAGCCCAUAUAGGAUAACUACAUGAAAGUUUAUUCAUGUAAAUUAACCAAAUGCACACUUCAGCACUUCCCUACUAAACUUUUUUUCAGCAAUGAUAUUCAGUGUUAUUUAUUUCAUUUAUUGUUAGUUUGAUUUAUUUUUUUUUUAAUUAACUGUUUAUCUCCAAGUCUGAUCUUCUGCUUCCCUAACAAAUCCAUAAGAUUCUGGAUUAUUGAGUGUAAAGUUAUGAAUUAACCUUGCAGUGACAAAUUUUUUCAUCCCUGGACUGCAUCACCUGCAUAUUGAACACUCUUAGCAAUGCUUCCACUGCAACUUAUUGUUCUAAGGAGAUACUCCAUUCAUUUGUAUGGAAAAAAAGACUUUAUUUAUGAAACACAUUUUGAAUUUUAAAGGCAAAAAUGCAUAGUAGCUCUUAUGGACUACAGAUGUUUUAUACAGCAUGUUCAAAAAAUUGAAUAUCCAGAAGCUUCAUCUCCUGGUUUACAUAAUAGUUCCAGUUUUUGGUCUGUUUCACACAAUUUAAUCUUUUGUGUUCAGUUGUAAGUGUUCAUUGUUCAUUUUGCUUCAGCAGGCUAUACAUGAUCCAGCAAACCCUUGACAUACAUGAUGCUAAGAAUGAAAUUAAAAUAAGCUUAGGCUGAAGGGAUGGAGAUUGUUGGAGGUUUGUCUGUUUCUUUACAUGCAAUUCUAGCAAUGAAUUGUGACCACCUUCUGUUUUUUGUUUUUGUUUGUUUUUUGGAAUGUUGAAGAUUAUUCCUUCAACUGGCUUUCCACCCAAACCAGGACUCAAUAAAGUCCCUGAUAUAAUAGCAUGUCUGUAUGCAGGCAGUGUUUCAGUAAUGACUAGGUAUAGCCAAUGGGAUCUUGGUAAAAUAGCUGCAAGUUUGAAUAGCAAGGCCCUGAAAAAUGCAUUGUGGUGUUAGAUUGCUUUGGCUGACUUUUACUGUCUGUCUUCUCAUUUCAUCCUUGGCACCUCUGUUGUCUCCUUCUGUGUCUGUGUGUCCAAAGCUAGGGUCAUCUCUAUUGGCUGGAGGCCAUUUUCAGCUGUACAAAAAAGAAAGAUAAGAUGUGUAAUUUGGAAACUUUACACAGCCAUACACCCGUCCUGAUCAAAUGCAUCUCGUGGUCCUACAGUGGGUGAAUACCAGACACACUGAGUAAGCUGCAGAAUGUGGUGGGUUAGCUCACCUCACACAGCAGAAGAUACCAUUUUAUAACUGACUGUGACAUGAUCUCAGGAGGAAACCAAUCAUUGCUUCAGAGAUUGACACUGCCAUGAAAACUGACUUUAGAGACUGCUGUCAUUCUUCAGGUCACAGAGAGUUUGAGGUCAUGAAAGAAAUGGUUUUCCUUAUGAUUGAUUCAUAUUAUAUUAUCCUUAUGGUUAAUGCAGUUUCACAUGAGGGUUUUGGAGGUCAGUGAAUGGUCAAAGUGACAGUAUAUUAUUUUAUGGUGUAAUUAGUCUGCACCCUUGACAAGCAAUUGAUGGAAAAUGGCUUACUAAGAUAAGGAGAAGAGCGUAAUUGAGCUUUAAGCAUCAACCCAGCAGCCCUGAAUUUCAGUUAUUUUAUAAACUAUUGGGAUCUCUGAUAAUAUCUCAAUCAAUGGCUUCUAUUGUGUGUUUUGAGUCAAUAGGUUCUUUUCUAAGUUCAGGGAAACAUCAGAAUUAUUGUCUAUGGUAUAGUACACAUGCAGCACUCUUUUUAGUACCAUUCUACUUUAAGUUCAGUUCCAGCAUUGGAACAAAUAAAUACAAUUUAGCCAUGGUCUGGUGCUUGAUCAAGCUAGCUCAACAACUAUUUUACAGUUGUUUAUGUCGAGUAUUACUGCUGUACUUCUUGAAUUCUCUUUUCAUCACAUAUAAAGUGGUGGCAUUUCUUUCAUAAUUAAAUCUAAAACUUUACGUGUUUUACAAAAUAAUGACAAAAUUAUUACUAACCUUAAUGUUGAAUUACUUUUCUCUCUUUAACCUUUCCCAAUUUAAAUUCUUAUGCU